GUGUAUCAAAUAUAGGUAAAGGUGCAAGAGAAAAGGUACAAAUAAAACUAAACCUCGAGGAAAUACUUAGAAAAACACAAGAAACCAAAGUAAUGAUAUUAUUGGAAAACACUGUAUCAAAUAAAUGCUAUAGAGCUAAUAUGGGAGAGCUUAUAUCAAUAAAAAAAAGUAUUAAAAAAGAAUUACAAAACUUCGAAGAUAAAAAUAGAAAUAAGGUACCAAGAAUAAAGCUGUGCUUUGACACACAACACUAUUUUGCCGCAGGAGCUGGCAGAUUUAUAGAAGACUACAAAGAAGUCUUAGACAAAUAUAAAAAAGAAAUCUAUCUAAUACAUAUUAAUAAUGUAAUGAAAGAAAGAAAAAUAAAUAGGCCUGAUGGCGUAUAUAUAAUAGUAAGACCUACCAUAUUUGGCUCUGGCCAAGAUAUAUAUACAUCUUUGCUAAACAGACAAUUACCACAAGAGAUAUUUGAAAUGAUAAUGAAACAUCCAAACACUAAAGCAGCUAUAUUAGAAACACCUGAGAAAACAAAUAAACAAAAAAAUGAACAAGUAUCUGAAAGAAUACCUAAAGCAAAACUAGAUGAAGUAUAUCAGCAGAUACAAACUAUACCUUUGCUAUCUCAAGAUAUUAGAAAAAUUCAAGAUAAUGAAAUACUAUGA